CGCAGCAGAGGAGCGAUGCGGUACUGCCCCCUCGACGCCCGAGCAGCGCCCUGUCAGCGGCAAAGGCCUGCUGCGACCACAUGCGCGACUGGUGGCUCGGCACGGCACCGGGCGAGUGGGUGUCGAUGGCCGUUGCGUCGGACGGCUCGUACGGCGUGCCGCAUGGUCUCGUCUACAGCUUCCCCGUCACAAUAGAGAAGAAGGAGUGGAGCGUCGUGAAGGGCCUGAAGCUUAGUGGAUUUGCUGAAGAGAAGAUGCGCAGUGCUGCCGAGGAGUUGAUCAGUGAGAUUAUCGACGCAGAGUCUGACGGACACACUUUGCUAGCGCGGCUAUAGUGGCGCCGCCUGAGCUAAAAAUCUGUGAUGGAGACGAAAAAAAAAUUACCGAGGAUGUAAGACACUGGCAGUGACCACCUUAAGUGUCAGCAAAGAGAUUGGCUCGAUGUUCAACUUCUUAACCAUAUAGCUAGCCGAGCGUAGGCUCGUGAUCGAAUAGGCUACAGGUUCGUCUACAGGCAGAUACGUGUGCUGUCGCACUUUUAGCCACAACGGUAUAUCAGACAAUACGCAGAG